AUGGCAGCCUUGAGUUUUGCCUACUCGCGCGUAGCAUCUUCUGAUCUCGACGAUUCGUCAUCUUCAAAUGGAAAAGCUUCAGACAAAGGCUCCAAGAGGCAGGAUGUGCGGUCUUUAGUGAUAACGGGUGCGACUUGGGGCCUCCUAGUCAUAUCCAACCUCACCUUGCUCGGUCUAUGGUGGAGAUCUUCACAACUGGCUAAAGUGUGUGUGCGGCCAAAGCUUUCUUAUUCCCCGGCCAAGGAGGCUAUCAAGUAUGAACUUCGGCGUCUUCAUCGUGCUCUCGACCACAAUAACUUCACUGGUGAGCCACGCCAGGAGUUUGACGCAGCCUGGAACCAAAUACUUGAACCUGACCUUUUGGAUCCCAAACAUGAAACAGCGAUGACAAUCAAGAUAUCCCAAGAAGAGCUUUCUCACCUUUCGGACGAGAGUAUCGCAUUUCAAGAUGGAUCCGGAUAUAUCGCAGAGUUAGCUGUUUACCAUGAGAUUCACUGCGUGAAAAUUUUACGUCGCUUUCUAAACAUGGACUAUUAUUACCCCAACAUUACCAAGGAAAAGCUAGAUUUUGAGAAAGUCCAUGCCGACCACUGCUUGGAAUAUUUGCGCGAAGCGGCCAUGUGCCGCGGUGACACCACUCUUACCACCUUCUUCUGGAAAAAUGAGAUUCCUUACUCUCGAGUGUACAGUGAUCACGAAUGUGUGAAUUGGGAAGCGCUGGACACAUGGGCGCGGUCGCGUAUGGUUGAUAUGAGCAGUUAUGACCAUUUAGAGCAUUGA